AUGCAAGGCAAGCCAAGGCAAGGGAAGGCAAGGCAAGGCAAGGCAAGGCAAGGCGAGGCGAGGCAAAACAAGACAAGACAAGUCAAGGCAAAUAAAGGCAAGCCAACGCAAUGCACAAGAUACGACAAGGCAGGGCUUAGCAUGGCAUGGCAGAGUAGGAAGGAUACUGUACGGUAUGGUAAAGUAGGGUAGAGUGAAAAAGAUCCAAGGUCACUAUCCUAAAAAUAUAAAACAAGAUCCACCGUAUGAAGGCGACAAAUAAAAAUUGGGUACUAAUAUUUCCCGACACAAACGACUCUGCCUCUAUCAAGUUAUGACCCAACCCAAUAAACUUGUCAACCCUAAACCCGUCGCGUCUUGAAGACCGUCGAAAAGAACGUGGAGCGAAUAAUUGAAUGUGUGUUUUGCCUACCGGCCGUUGCCCUUAUAAAAGGCGGGGCGGAACCGGCCGCAAACUCGAUGCCGGCGAACGAGAUGGAAGGUUAGGUUCGUCUUGUGGGCGCUUCGUCGUGUAUAUUGCCUUUUCUCCAGGAUAAGACCAUGUAUUCUUAUGGUCGUGUCCCGCGGGAAAUCUUCUUGUUUACUUACUUAUACUCGUCAGUGUGUUUUUCGUUAUGCCUUCUGGAGUUGAUAGGUGGAAGCGAGCGGGAGGAACCGAGUCAAUUUGAAAUUGGAGCUUAAUUAUCCAUCUUGUCACAUGUUGAUUUUUGGAAUGUUAUGAAGUUGUUUGAGGAAAAUUCUAGGCAUUGUUCGGAUAUUGAUCUAGGAAGAUUUGGGUGUCAGUUAUGAUAUUGUUUUAGAAAGUUUUUGUGAUAGUUGAGAUGUUGUGAUAGGGUGGUUUUAUGUAAAGCUCAAAGAGUAUUUCUGUAUGAUGGUGGAAUUUCUGAAAAGAGUUUUGUAUAGAGUUGGUGGUUCAUAAGGUUGAUUUGUGAAAAGUCAGUAAUAAAUUUAAUGUUUUUUUUUGUAAGACGAUUUGAUGGUCUUUGGUUUACUGUAAUAACUUAAAAUGUUAGGAAAAAUAGUUGUAGCCUUAGCCCUAGCAUUAUUUCUAGUCUUGGCUUGAGCUCUAGCUCUGCUUUCAGCCCUAGCCUUAGUUCUAAUCUUGACCAUACUUCUUCGUUAGCUUUUUACUGGCUUUGGUUUACUGUAGUAAAUUUAGGAAACUAGUCCUAGCCUUGCUCUAGUUCUACCCGUAGUGUUAGCUAGGCGUGAGGAACGGCCUGAAAAUCAAGACCGGCCUGUUUGCACAAAAAAGAAUUUUUGGGCCGGGCCUGAGCAAAAUUUUGAUCAGGCCGGGCCUAACGCUCAGGCGGGAGCCGGCCUGUUUUCUAUGUCUAGUGUUAGCUUAAGCUUCAGAAUGGUUUAGCUUUACCCUAGCUCUACCCUAGAUUUUGAUUAGCUUCGUUUUACUGCAGUAAAUUAGGUAAAUUAGUUCUAGUCUUGCUUCUAACCUUACCUCUGGUUUCAGCCUUGACCCGAGCAUAGCCUAGGUCGCUCAACUAAGUGAACACUUAUGUUUUGUCUGUCUACAAUGACAAACAUAAUGUGAUAUUACGAGUUUAAUCAAAAACAGAUCAAAUUUCAAUCCUAGAGUUGCUAAAUACUUUCUUAUAUGAGCUCCAUGGCUAAAUUUUACGUCUCAUUUUACUAGUAAAAUGACCAAUUUCUUGGGAAACAUUAAAUUAGGUUGAAAAUUGUUUUAGCUACAGUGAAACCUCUGUACAACGAAUCUCUAGGGGAUUUACAAUUUGUUCGUUAUGCAGAGGUUUUGUUAUAUAGGGGUUCCUUAUAUAAUUCUUAUAAAUUCUGAAGUUGAUAUGAAAUGCAGAAUACAUAAACACAUCAAGCUUACGAAGAAGUAAUUUACGUAAUGAUGUGCAGAGAUCAUAUUGAAACCUAAAAAACUUUGAAAAUACGCAAUUUAUGUGACAAAAGACAAUCUAUAUGAUGAAUAACAAACAAAACACAAUUUAUAAGAACUGACAAAUGAUUAGAAAGAAUAGGCGUCAAGUUAAAAAAAAGUUUUGUCGUUAAUUUACAUUUGUCUGUAAGGCUAAAAACGACAAAAAUUUUUUUUAAUUUGAAUUAUAAGCGAAAAACAGAGUAAAAUACGAAAAUUAAAAUUGCAUAUAAACAUAAGUUUAAAAUACUUUAAACACUGAUAAAUAUUGACUGAGGCUUCGAAAAGUGUAACAAAAGUACAUCAGAUACUAUGGGUACGUUGGGACUGCAAAACGCUUCAAAAAUGACUUGUAAACAUGUCACUUUUGAUGGUUUUUGCAAUAAAUGUUUGUGUAAAAGUUUGAAAAGCUAAAAUACUGAGUAAAAUACGGUGAUUCAUUAGGGCGGGUUAGAUUUGAAAGGGAACCUAGGGCUUAAAACCAAGGCCCUAGACACCUAGUUUAGGUCCCGCAACGACAGAUUUGACUUGAAAAAAAUUUAAAACUAAUUUUACAGAUUUUGCCAGAAGUAACCGAGUACUACAAUGGUAAACCGGUCAAUAAGGCAAAGCAGAAUCAAAAGUUCAGUCCAAAAAGACUGUUUAAAGAAAUAUUCUUGCCAAGUGGAUACCCUCACAGUGUCACCACUGAUUACUUGGCCUAUCAGUUCUGGGACACUGUACAAGCAUUGGCUUCAUCACUAACUGGAGUUCUAUCGACGGCCGCGAUUUUGAAGGGCGCUGGAGUUGGGAAUCAGGUGGGUUAAUGGCUUGUAUGGUAUGGGGGAUACAGCGGGCAGAAUACGGUACAGUAGGGGUAGGUUGGAAUAGUGUAGAGUAAGGGAGGGUAGUGUAGGUAUAGUAGGUUGGGCUUAAAUAGGGAUAGCUAGAUUUACUGUAACGUAGCGUAGCUUUGGGUAGGAGGGGGAGGGAUGACAUAUGUUACAGUAGCUUUAAACAGGCAAGGCAUGGUUUGGCUUUUAUUAUGGAAAAUUUAUUUUGGCGUGUGUAGAGAAGGUUAAAGACAGGUAUGAAAUAGAUUACGGUAGUGUAAAGUCAAGUGAAGUCAUUUUUAAAAGAUAGUCAGAGUAGGGGUAUGGCUCAAAAUAGAGGUUAGUACAGAUGUAUUAGUAAGGGUAGGGGUAAGAUGAUAAAUAUAAAGGGUAGGGUAGGGUAGCGUAGGGUAGCGUAGGGUAGCGUAGGGUAGCGUAGGGUAGGGUAGGGUAGGGAAGGGCAGGGUCGGGUAGGGUAAAGUAUGGUAGGAUAUUGCAGGGUAAGGGUAGGGCUUUUAUAUAAGUAGUACUGUAUUUUUCAGGAAGCUACAGUACUCUCGGCGGCGUUGUCAUGGAUAUUGAAAGACGGUGUUGGUAUGAUUGGUCGAAUCAUUUUCGCUUGGUGCUAUGGCACUUGCUUGGAUUCGGGUGGGUUUUACUAUAAGAUAAAAUAAUGAUUUUAUAUACUAAUAUAUAAAAUUUUUAACAUGUAUUCACGUAUUUUACUUUGUAAAACUAUUAUAUAUAUCUAAAUUUAUAUUAUUAUAGACAGCAAACGCUGGCGUUUGAUGGCCGACCUUCUGAAUGACGUUUCCUUCUUCGUCGAUCUUCUGGCCGGGUUCUUGCCACAAUCCUACUUUGUCUUUAUUGUUUGUAUGUCAACAUUGAUGAGAACGAUUGUUGGCGUAUCAGGUGGGGCGACCCGAAUGGCCAUUAUCAGACAUCAGGCAAGGACUUUCUUUACAGUUUUUGAAUUUUUAAGGUUUUGGAAGAAACUUUGUUUACAACUUUGAAAAAAUGGCUUUUUACGAAAAGGGAAGAAACUUUCUUUACAAAAAUGGAAAAAUUUUUUUUGGUGUGUUUGAAGGAACUUUCUUUACAAAAUUGAAAAAAAUGAGUUUUUACGCAAAAACUUUCUUUACAGCCUUAUUCUUCAUUAAAAAACAUAAUUUCAGGCCAGACGAGAAAACCUAGCCGACGUAGCGGCCAAAGACGGCUCACAAGAAACCCUGGUCGGCCUGAUAUCACUGGCUUUGAGUAUCAUAACCUUGCCAUUAGUCGAAAGCAACAAACAUCUUGUUUGGAUAUUGUUUACCAUAUUGACUGCCAUUCAUUUGACUGCCAAUUACAAAGCGGUUACUGUGCUGGAAUUCGACGUGUUUAACGAAAAUCGACUGAAAAUUGUGGCAAAGUAAGUGGUUUUGUAGGUUUUGCGAAGAAACUUUGUUUACAAGCAUUUUUUAAGUUUUUGACAUUUUUUGUUUUGUAAAGAAAGUUCUUGCCAUUUUGUGGUUUGUAAAGAAAGUUCUUACGAUUUUACAGGGCGUCUUGUAAUGUUUGUAAAUAAAGUUUUUGCUAUUUGUCAUUUUGUAUAGAAAGUUCUUCUCAUUUCAUGCUUUGUAAAGAAAGUUCUUGUCAACUUUUGUUUUGUAAAGAAAGUUUUCGCCAUUUCAUGUUUUGUAAAGAAAAUUCUUGCCAUUUUUUGUUUUGUAAAGAAAGUUAUUGCCAUUUUUUUUGUAAAGAAAGUUAUUGAAUUUUAAACCUUAAUUAUAUACUUUUAGAGAAUUUACAAAAUCCGGUCGAAUUUUACGAAAAAAAGAAGCGAAUUCACGCGAAAAUCAGCAAUUGUUCUGCUUCGAAUCCAAAAAUCGAUAUUAUGGAUGCUCAUUGAAGAAGAUUGAAGAGUUUGAAUCAAAAAAGACUGUAAAAUACGCUGUUGGCGGCUGUAAUGCAAUUAUUGCCUACAAUGAAAAAGAAGGUGGAGCCAUUUUCAAUAAGGAUAUCACUGUUAAAGAACUACUUUUGGCCGCUUUUCGAUUGGAAUUUGAAAUUUUGGGAAGGUGGGUUUGAAUUUUUAAAAAACAGUUGAACACCUGUAGAUUAGGGUAGGGUUGGGCAAUUUAUGUUAGAGUAGAGUAGUGAGGGUAGGGUGAUAUGCUGUAAAACUACGAAAAAAUUGAGGCUAUUAUAGAGGUAAGGUCGAUGAACAUUUGGGCUGGUAUGGUUAAGUUAAGUGUGGAGUAGGGUAAAAGAUGGCGGGGGAGGAUAGGGUGGGGGCAGGGGCGUAGCUACAGAUUUUUUCUUGGAGGACGGAAGUCAAAAAAGUUUUUUUUUUUGGUUUACAGGCAGGGUAGGUAUCUUAUUCUGCAGUUGUCUGCCUUACUCUAUACUACUUUAACCUACCCUAUCUUGCCUUAUUCUACCCUUUUCUGCCCAACCCCACCCUAUUUUUCCCUACCUUACUCUACCCGACCAGUGCAUCUAUUUUAAGUUAAAGAAAAACAGCAUACGGUUUUAUAGGGUAGGGUAAGCUAUUGGAUGGCAAAGUAGUUUGUAGUAGGGUGAUAUAAAGUUUGGAAGAUCAUAGUGAUUAACAAAGUAAUUAAAAAUAUUAAUUUUUUAAAAUUUGUAAAAUUUGUGUUGUAAAAUACGGUGUAGGAAUCAUUUGUUUGCAUUCUUUAAAUUAUAGCACCAAAUUCGACGCCACAGAAUUUGCCGAAAAACUGAAACGAAAUGGUUGGUCGUUGGACUCGCAUCUUUUGUUAAUGGACGAGUAUUCGUUUGAGGAUUAA